AUGCAACAAGAGAGGAGUACCCAGAGUUUCAGUUCUAAGUAUCACCAAAAUUCUUUCACAUAUGAUGUUAAGCGCGAAGUGUAUAAUGAGGAAACCUUUCAACAGGAACACAGAAGGAAAGCCUCUUCCUCAGGGAACCUGGACAUCAACAUCACCACCUUCAAACACCAUGUCCAGUGCCGCUGCUCAUGGCAUAUGUUCUUAAGAUGCAUGCUUAUGAUCUUUCCCUUCCUAGAGUGGGUAUGUUUGUAUCGAUUCAAGGAUUGGCUUCUUGGAGAUUUGCUUGCUGGUCUAAGUGUUGGUCUUGUGCAAGUUCCCCAAGCCCUGAUGUUUAGUUUGCUGGCAAGGCAACUGAUUCCUCCUCUCAAUAUCUCUUAUGCAGCUUUCUGUUCUUCAGUAAUUUAUGUAAUUUUUGGAUCAUGUCAUCAAAUGUCUAUUGGUUCCUUCUUCCUUGUGAGUGCUCUGAUGAUCAAUGUACUGAAGGUGAGACCAUUCAACAGUGGACAUCUGGUAUUAGGAACUUUCAUCAAGGAUGACUUUUCUGACCCCUCCUUCUUUAUGGCCUAUAAUAAAUCAUUGAGUGUGGUGGCAUCCACAACUUUUCUGGCUGGAAUUGUUCAGCUAUCAAUGGGCAUGUUAGGUUUUGGUUUUGUUGCCACUUACCUUCCGGACUCUGUCAUCAAUGCCUACCUGGCUGCCACCGCUCUACAUGUUAUGCUGUCCCAGCUGACUUGUGUCUUUGGGAUUAUGAUUGGUUUCCAUGCUGGUCCAGUUGCCUUCUUUUAUAACAUAAUUAACUACUGUGUAUCUCUACCAAAGGCUAAUUCUACCAGCAUCCUACUAUUUCUAACUGUUGUAGUCACUUUGAGAAUCAACAAGUGUAUCAAGAUUUCAUUUAAUCGGUAUCCCAUCGAGUUUCCCAUGGAAAUACUACUGAUUAUUGGCUUCACUAUACUUUCAAACAAGAUAAGCAUGGUUACAGAAACCAGCAAGACACUCGUUGAGAUGAUUCCUUAUAGCUUCCUGUUUCCUGUAAUACCAAAUAUGGAGGUCCUUCCCAAGAUUAUUUUACAAGCCAUCUCUUUAGCUUUAGUGAGCUCCUCUCUGCUCAUAUUUCUGGGCAAGAAGAUUGCUGCUGCCCACAACUACAGUGUCAAUUCCAACCAGGAUUUAAUAGCCAUCGGCCUUUGCAAUGUCAUCAGUUCAUUUUUCAGAUGUUGUGUGUUUACUGGUGCUGUUGCCAGGACCAUCAUCCAGGAUAAAUCUGGAGGAAGACAACAGUUUGCAUCUCUGGUAGGCGCAGGUGUGAUGCUGCUGCUGAUGGUGAAGAUGGGACGCUUUUUCUACCAACUGCCAAACGCUGUACUGGCGGGAAUUAUUCUGAGCAACGUUGUGCCCUACCUUGAAACCAUUUCCAACCUCCCCAAUCUGUGGAGGCAGGACCAGUAUGAGUGUAUUAUAUGGAUAGUGACAUUCUCAUCUGCAAUUUUUCUGGGACUGGACGUCGGACUACUUGUUUCAAUAGCUUUUGCCUUCUUCAUCAUCACCGUUCGGUCACACAGAUCUAAGAUUUUCCUCCUGGGCCAGAUCCCUAACACCAACAUUUAUAGGAGCAUCAGUGACUAUCGGGAGAUUACACACAUUCCUGGGGUGAAAAUCUUCCAGUGCUGCAACUCUAUUACAUUUGUAAAUGUUCACCACCUGAAGUACAAGCUGUUAAAUGAAACUGAUAUGAUAAGGGUGCGUCUUAAAGAAGAAGAAAUUUUCCACCUGUUUGGUAACAGUGGUCGUAACUCCAGAGACCCAGAAAGGGGUUGUAAGUGUUCCUGCAACUGUGAUGAACCAGAGCCACCGCCCAGGAUUGUCUACACAGAACGAUUUGAUCGUAAAUCUAGUCAGUCUUCCUCCUCAAUUGACCUGAUCCGCUGCUCACGCUUCGAGAGCACGACCACAAGCCAAUCUACUACGUCUGAUGAGCAAGUGCCAUACACCAUAUCUUCAGUUUCUCAGAGGAAUCAAGGACAAAACUUGGAGGAGGUGGAGAAAGUCUGGGGGCCUAAACACCCCUUGAGAAUCAGCUCGCUAUCACCGACUGAGACUGCUGAAGGUCAGGGAAGGAGUGGAUCUCUCCUCCCUUACUCAGAUGUUUCUCUUCUGCCCGCCAUCCACACCAUCAUCCUGGAUUUCACCAUGGUCCAUUUUGUAGACUUAAAGGCUUCAGUGGUAUUAAGACAGAUGUGCAGUGCUUUCCGAAACGCCAACAUUUUGGUGCUCAUUGCAGGGUGUCACUCUUCUGUGGUCAGGGCAUUUGAGAGGAACGAUUUCUUUGAUGCUGGCAUCACCAAGGCCCAGCUGUUCCUGAGCCUCCACGACGCCGUGCUGUUUGCCUUAUCAAGGAGGAUGCCAGACUCCUCCGAGUUAAGCGUGGAUGAAUCUGAGACAGUGAUACAGGAAACCUACUCUGAAAAGAAUGAAGAAUCAAGGUAUGGAAUGAGAAACAGUAAUAUAGAAAUCCCAGAAAAUAGAGUCGUGGAAGAGUCAGAGUUUGAGCCCAUAUUAGAGUCGGAACAAGACAAUGAGCUGGAUUUGGACCUAGACCUGGAUCAGGAGCUGGAGCUUGAGUAUGGGCUACAGCCUGAAUCAGCACUGGAGCCUGAAACUGAGGUGGAGACUGAGGCGGAGCCCGAGCCUAUGCCCAAACCCAGGUCAAGGGCUUAUACCCAUUCUCCGCAGUACUGCUUGUCUCCACAUAAGACUGCAGUUCCCAGGCCCCAGUCUCAGACUCACCCUCGGAUACAGUCAGUGGAAAGGAGGCAUCAACAUAUGGACUUACACUCAUCCAAGGGCAAUGAUACUGAGACUCCCUGGGGGAAAGACUGGAUCUAA